CACACACACACACGCGGGACGCAUAUACAACUUUCGUUUCUUGGUGACUUGAUCCACAUUUUACGCGUCUCCGAAAAAGAAAAAACCCCUAAGUCGGGGAAGUCGGGCGCAUGGAGUUGUAAUUUCCGUCAUAACCCGGGACGGACUGGUAGGACGACGUGCCUUUUCGCGUGGUUUAACCAGAAGGACACCCGCAGGGUUUUUUUUUUUUUGGCUGCUUAACGUGAUCUGUAGUUGGACCUUUGGAUUUUGGCUUUCUUGCUUCCUUUAACUUCCCGAGAUCAGCACAGAUUGUUUCUUUCUCCCUCUGUGUGUGUGUGUGUGUCUCAUGUCUGUGCUGAUUGUGUCCUGGCACCAUGUCACCCGGAGCGGAGAAAAGACUCGAGAAUCAGCUCAGAAUGCUGGAGUCCAUGAUCAGGGACCAGCGAUCAGCACUCAACUUGGAGAGUUUGUUGGAUUCUAUAAAUGCCUUGUCCCUUGACCUGAAUCACCCUGCGCUGCGGAAGAACAAAAAUGUUGAUGUCUUCCUAAACAGAUAUGAGAAGGCUGUAACCCGUCUGAGGGAGCUGCAGAUACGACCGGCUGAUUUCGAGCGAAUCAAACUAAUCGGCAAAGGAGCCUAUGGAGCGGUGCAACUGGUGCGGCACAAGAUCUCUAAAAAAGUGUAUGCCAUGAAGAAGCUGAGCAAGUUUGAGAUGCUCAAGCGCUCAGACUCUGCCUUCUUCUGGGAGGAGCGUGACAUCAUGGCAUUUUCAAACAGCCCCUGGAUAGUGCAGUUGUUCUGUUCAUUUCAAGACGAGCGCCACCUCUAUUUGGUGAUGGAGUUCAUGGCAGGUGGAGAUCUGGUGACCCUUACUAUGAAUUACGACAUGCCUGAGGAAUGGGCUCGCUUCUACACAGCUGAAGUGGUGCUGGCUCUGGAUGCCAUCCACUCCAUGGGCUUCAUCCACAGAGACAUCAAACCUGAAAACAUGCUGCUGGACGCCAACGGUCACCUCAAACUCGCCGACUUCGGCACAUGCAUGAAGAUGGACAAGUCUGGGAUGGUUCACUGCGACACAGCCGUAGGGACUCCAGAUUACAUUUCUCCGGAGGUGCUGAUGUCACAGGGACGGACCGGUCAUUAUGGACGCGAGUGUGAUUGGUGGUCUGUGGGAGUGUUUAUUUAUGAGUUGCUGAAUGGUGAGACUCCAUUUUAUGCCGAGUCACUGGUGGGAACUUAUGGCAAGAUCAUGGAUCACAAAAACAGCCUGACCUUCCCAGAUGAUAUGGAAAUUUCUAAAGAAGCCAAAGACCUAAUCUGUGCCUUUUUGAGUGACAGGGAGGUGAGGCUUGGCCGCACAGGAGUGGAGGAAAUCAAACGUCACCCCUUCUUUAAGAACGACCAAUGGACCUUCGACACCAUACGAGACACCAUGGCUCCAGUGGUGCCUGAGUUGAGGAGUGAUAUUGACACGAGUAAUUUUGAUGACAUCGAGGAUGAGAAAGGGGACGUCGAGACUUUCCCAACUCCUCGUGCCUUUGUAGGCAACCAGCUACCUUUUGUCGGAUUUACCUACUUCAGGGAGGACCAGUUGAUGGACAAAAAGCUAAUAGAUGAAGAUGACCAGUGUAUCGAUGGUCUAACAGAAAAGGAGGAGAGUGACGAUGUACAAAAGAAGUUGAUUAAAAUAGAAGAGAAGUUCAAACAUGAGAUGCAAACUAAGAAUGACCUGGAACUCAAAUGCAGAAGCGCAAACGAGCGACUAGAUAAACUGUCCAAGGAGAUUGAGGAGGAGAUGAGUGCGAGGCAGCGAGCAGAAGAAGCCCUGAGGAAACUGGAGAGAGAGAAAGCCCUGCUGCAGCACCAGAACACAGAGAGCCUGAGGAAGGCUGAACUGGAGACGGAGCGAAAACGCGGCCUGGAAAGCGAAGUGAGCGGCUUGAAAGAGCAGCUGGCUGAGCUGAAGAAGAAGAGCGCCAACUCACAGAUCUCCACUGAGAAAAACAUCCAUCUAGAGAGACAGCUGGAGGAGGUGAACACUAAGCUGCAGGCCGAGGUGGAAGAAUCCGGCCGGGUGAAGAAAGCUCAGGCUGAGGCAGCGCGGCAGGCGCAGCAGCUGGAGCUCUUACUCAGGGAGCUGCAGGAAAGACUGGCCCAGCUAGAGGGUAGCCGAGUCAGCCUGGAGCAGGACAACCUCAGCCUGCAGAGUGCCCUGGAGACUGAAAAGAGGGAGCGCAGUCUCAGCUCUGAGACCAUCACUGAACUGCAAGCGCACGUCUCGGGUCUGGAGGAAGAGCAGAAGCUAACGAAGAACUUGCUCGCUAGGGCAGAGGGUGAGAAGAGACAGCUGCAGGAAGAGCUGACUGACUUGGAGAAGGUGAGGAGUCAGCAAGAGAUCGACUUUACUUUCAAGCUCAAAGCUGUUCAGCAGCGAUUAGAGCAGGAGGAAGAGGAGCACAACGCCGCUAAAACCAGACUCGCUGACCACAGCAAACUCAACCAGUCCAUCGAAGAGGCCAAGUCUGAAGUGUUGAGAGACAUGGAGCGUAAGCUACAGGACGAGCGGUCAGCUAAACAGCAGCUGGAGAGUAAGCUUAUGCAGCUGGAGAAACAUCAGUCGGUCCUGGAUUGUGAUUAUAAACAGGCACAGAAUGAGCUCCAAGAGCUGCGCUCCCACAAGAGCAAACUGACGGAAGAGGUGGAUUUGCUGACUGUGAAAGUGGAGCAGGAAACGCAGCGACGGAAUCUGUCCCAAGCUGACCUGAAGGCUCAGAGGCAGGAGGUCAACACGCUACGCUCCUCUGAGAAACAACUUAAACAAGAACUCAACCACCUGCUGGAGCUCAAACUCAGCAUGGAGAAACACAACCAGGAGCUACGCAGGGAGAGAGAAGUUGCUAAUGGACAUCUGAAGGAGUUAAAGGACCAGCUGGAGGCUGAACAGUAUUUCACAAAAUUAUAUAAGACCCAGAUACUAGAGCUGAAGGAAGAGUGCGAUGAAAAGACCAAACUCUACCAGGAUGUACAGCGGAGAUUGGAGGACCUGCAGGAAGAGAGGGACUCUCUGGCCGAACAGCUGGAGGUGAGCCUGACAAAGGCAGACUCUGAGCAAUUGGCACGCUCCAUUGCUGAAGAACAGUUCUCUGACCUGGAGAAAGAGAAGAUCAUGAAAGAGCUAGAGAUCAAAGACAUGAUUGCCAGACACCGGCAGGAACUCAGCGACAAGGACAACACCAUCAGCUCGCUAGAGGAAUCUAAUCGCACUUUGACUGUGGACGUAGCCAACCUGGCUAGUGAGAAAGAGGAGCUCAAUAACCAACUCAAAGAUCUUCAACAACAGCUGCAAAAGGCUAAACAGGAAGAGAGGCAGGUCAGCAUUAUGAAAAUGUCCUUUGAGAAGCAGCUUCAGUCUGAGCGAACGCUCAAGAUCCAGGCCGUUAACAAGCUAGCCGAGAUAAUGAACAAGAAGGAUGCGCCGCGGGGCGUCCACAAUGCCGACGACAGCACUCUGAGAAGAAAAGAGAAGGAGAACAGGAAGUUGCAGCUGGAGUUGCGCUCUGAGCGAGACAAGCUCAACAGUACCAUCAUCAAAUACCAGAAGGAGAUCAGUGAGAUGCAGGCCAUGAUAUCAGAAGAGUCGCAGAUGCGACUGGAACUUCAGAUGGCUGUAGACAGCAAGGACAGCGAUAUUGAGCGUCUGCGGAGUCAGAUCACUUCACUUAGCAUCCAUUCCUUAGACACAACUAGCAUCAGCAGUAUGGGCAAUGAGCAAGACAUUGAUGAGCCUUACCCAGUGCGCAUCACACAAACACAAACCUCAGAGUCCAUGUCGUUUUCAUACCAGCGAAGCUCCAAGCGGGUGUGUAUCGACACCCGGCCAAACCUCAACUGCCCCCUGUUCUCUUCUGAGUCUGAGGAAGAGGACGAUGAGGAACAGAGGGGUCAGCAUCAGCUGGCUUUGCCUUAUGAGAGGCCAAAGGACGUUGGGGCUGCAGAUACCAGUCUGGAGGGUUGGCUGUCUCUUCCAAGCAAAAACACCAAGAGGUUUGGAUGGGAUAGGAAGUAUGUGGUGAUGAGCAGCAAGAAGAUCCUGUUCUAUGACUCAGAGGAAGAACGUGACCAGGCCAAACCGUUUAUGAUACUGGACAUCGAUAAACUCUUCCAUGUACGGCCUGUGACACAAACAGAUGUGUACCGUGCGGAUAUCAGAGAGAUCCCUCGUAUUUUCCAGAUCCUCUAUGCAAACGAGGGCGAGAGUAAGAAUCAGGAACCAGGUGUGGAGCUUUCAGUUGCCGAGAGGUCAUCCUACAUUCCUCACAAAGGCCAUGAGCUUGUGCCCACACUCUACCACUUUCCUUCCAACUGUGACGCAUGUGCCCGACCCCUCUGGAACGUCUUCAAGCCCCCUCCAGCUCUGGAGUGCCGUCGCUGCCACGCCAAAUGCCACAAAGACCACCUAGACCUCAAGGAGGAAGUGCUUGCACCCUGCAAAGUGAACUUUGGCACGGCUAAAGAGCUGCUGCUGCUGGCCAGUUCCUCGUCUGAGCAGCAGAAGUGGAUCGGCCGUCUGCUCAAGAAAAUCCCGCGCAAGCCUCGUACUCAGAGUGGAUCACCUCCUGUAGAUCCUCCGCUCGGGUUGCUGCCAUCACCGCUUCCCUCACCACGUCUCUCUCCACGAAACUCGCCCAAACUCUCCUCUAGAGGAGCCAUGAGAGUGCACAGUAAAUCCCAACCACCCCCGAGCAAGCCCAGCACUGGCCCCAUGAUCCGAAUCAUUCUCCACUGACCUCUUCACCUUUCCCCUGUGGCGCUGUGUUUGUGUGUAUGGACACUAACCCUGAUGGAGAGCGGCUUGGACUCGCCAUAAUGUAGCAGAUGCUGCAGUACAACAGACAUUACAGAAAACCAAGGACAUGACAUAGGUGUUGUAGACACACUGUCUAUUAACACUCCGGAAGAUGUGACAUUUUAAAGCAAUAUCAUCACAGUGUGAAAGUCUUUUAAAGUAUUAAGACAUGUUACGUUCGGUUAUACAGUAUGUCUGCUCGAGUGGGUGUAUGUCUGUGUGUGUGUGUGUCUAUAAUUAGUCAUAUGUAACAAUGUAUUGGUUUGUUCACAUAUGAAGGAUUAAUGUAGGGGAGACACUCAUGCAGUUUGCUGUAAAAGCUACAUUUUUACCAUUUAAAAGUUAUUUAAUGCUUUAUAAAGAGCUGUGGUUUAUAUUUGAAAGAAGAUAAUUAGCAAAGCGUGAUCUCGUUGUGUUUUAAUGAUGCGUUCUACUGCACAGGUUUGCUUUGUGUUGUCGGUUUGUAACUGGAACUACGUACAGAUUAGAAAAUGCAAUGCGGUGGUCCAAACAAUAUUCUUUAUCCCAUUAUACAAAGGAAAAAAUGCCCACGGAAUAAACAGCUAAAUACCAGUAGGCAGAAUUUACUAGAAAAAAAUAAACAGUGGAAUUAU